AUGAGCAAGGUUGACGAGUUCAUAGAGGCAAAUGACCGCGAGGCGAAUCUAGAUACAAGCUUUACACUGAAGAGUGAUAAUUCAAAUACGGAAACGGCUGCCGAAGAGCCUUCAACUCGGAGCAUUGUAGUUGAUACACCACAUGCAGUGAAAAGCUUCAAAGUUCAGCCACAAGUGAGUCCAGCAAGUCCCAGCAACCAGCAGCACCCAUUGAGAGAUACACCAACACAUUCGCCGGCGAACGCGAAGCUGGGGCGGUCCAACACCAUGAAACGACUGUCGUUGAUCCAGCCUAUUAUUUCGCAGGAUUCCACACCUAAAGAACACAGAACAGCACAGCCGGGACACUUGCACCGUCAAAGAUCCAAAAGUAUUGUUUCUGGUCAUUCCCGCAGUAGUAGCUCGGCUUCGGAACAGCCAGUGGAGCCGAAGAAAGACGUCAACACAUUACUACAGCAGCUGGCCAACAAAGAACUGGAACUUCUAGAGACGAAACACAAGAUCGAGGAGUUGAAAAAAAGCCUUCAUCAGGAGGAGACUCAGCUGCGAUCGCAAACGCACCAACUACAUGACCUAAAAACGCAAGUCGAAGUUACACUAAAUAACGGGAUUGAUGAACACAAGCACGGUGGCGGAUUACAGAGUUUGCAGAUGUAUACGCAACCGAGUUCAAAUUCUUCUCUGCCGGACGCGAAACGCACGCCUAGCAAACGAGAAUCAGUGUGGUCCAAACCACUCACGUUGUUCAAUCAGUUUGAUCAAUUGAUUCAACACGAACUAGAGAAGAAACUAAACUGGGACGAAUAUACUAGUCCUGAGAAAGCUCAACCUAUGGCUUCGGAACAGGUAACUCCGAAACCUGCAGACGAUGUACUUGGAAAUGUCUCGUCGUCGCUUUGGAAUUUCGUAAGUGAUGUGCGAACGGGAUUGAUGGGAAUAAAUGAAGAGCCGGAAGAAGAAGAUAAAGUCAGACACACACAACAUAGGAAGCAAGAUCAACAACAAGUUAAAAGUGAAACAAAUCAAUUGAAGUUUACGGGCAAAGAAGUAGAACUCAAAGAGUUCAAUGGUAAAAAGAGUUCAUGA